AUGAUUUAUAAAGCAUCCUUUACGUAUUUGGCGUUGAUCGGGCUAUUGUAUCCACUGAUACUCUUGGUAUCCGUUCAAGUUGACACAUCGUUUUGUUAUAAAGGAAAAAAAUAUGAACUUUUGCGGGCCCCGCAGUGUGGAUAUAGCAAUGUCAGGCAUCCGAAAAUAGUGAAUGGUGUCCCAUCGAAACUUAAUGCAUGGCCAUGGAUUGCUGUACUCGGUUACCAGAACAAAACUCACCCCUUACAAUGGCUGUGCGGUGGCUCGCUAAUAACAUCCAGACACGUGCUGACCGCUGCUCAUUGCAUAAUAGAGGGUUUCUUAAAAUACGUUCGACUCGGCGAGUUAGACUUGUCUAGCACCAAAGACGGGGCGCAUCCCGUUACAGUCACAGUGGAUAAGAAGACAGUGCAUCCGAAUUACGUUGAGGGCCAGCAUGUGAACGAUGUUGCCGUUCUCAAGCUAUCGAAGGACAUAACGUUUACAGAUGCGAUACACCCGGUUUGCCUACCCAAAGAUGAGCCCCUCAAAAGCAGCAAUUUCGUGGGCACUCAUCCAUUCGUUGCGGGUUGGGGUGCAACGCGCUACCGUGGCCAGGGAAGUCCCAUAUUAAGAGAGGUAGAAGUGGAGGUGCUCAAGAAUGAUAUUUGCAAGAAAGCUUACAGAAAUUUUCGCAAUUCAGUUAUUGAUAAUCGCGUGAUAUGCGCCGGAUAUGAAAUUGGAAAAAAAGAUUCUUGCCAAGGUGACAGCGGAGGCCCACUGAUGAUACCCAUGAAUACGACGUACUAUGAAAUAGGAGUAGUAUCUUAUGGCCAUAAUUGUGCUCGGAGAGGAUUCCCCGGUAUCUAUUCCAGGGUCACAGCUUUCCUACCUUUCAUCACUACGUCGCUAACUUAAAGAUAACAAAAUUGAAAGUUACUGUUUAAGAUAAAUAAGACACUGAAUAAAAAAGUGUAUCUUAGAGCAUGUUAAUUAGGUAUUAAUUAUUUCUCCCCAAAAGUUCCUAAUCAUUGACCCUAAAAUCGCGGCAAUUAAAAUGACUUAUAGCUAAUAAUUCUGCAAACUGUAUUUAUAUUAUCUGCCCCGUCCCAGGCUUGUUAUUUGCUACAAAAUUCCUCUCGCUUACACGUUGUAAUGUUGGCAUGUCUAAUGUUUAGAUUUUUCUUCAACAGUGCGAUUUUCUUUUACUUUUU